CUGGAAGAAAAGCAGAAGGCAGCCUGCUCGGGAGUUUCAUUAUAUUCAAAUAUAUUCGUUUUCCAGGAGUCGCUCUGGAGCAGCAAGCCGUGGCGCGCGAUUGCUCCUGCCCGCAGCCCGGAGAAGAAGACGAAGAGGAAGAAGGCGAAGCAGCAGCAGCAGUAGCAGCAGCGAGCGAUAGAUAGACUCUCCCCGGCUCCGCAAAGCGGCUUGACUCCGGAUUCCCCGCGUGAGCUUUCCCACGAGUCCUGCUCCACGCUUGGCUGUCAAGAACCAUGGACUGUUUCUAUAUGCCUUGCUUUCUGUCAGUGAGUAGCGCUUUCUCAUUCCUUGUGUGAGUUCUGGUUUAAAAGAGGGGGAGGAUGAAAAAGAACCAAGAAAAAGAGAGGGAGGGAGACAGAGAGACGGAACUUGUUGUGUGUGAGAGUGAGUGAGCGAGCGAGUGAGCGAGCGCCGGACUCUCAAACUUCCGAGUCCUUUUAUUCGCUCCUUUUAAAAACAAAUGGUUCAUUUCGAAACAGUUUUUUGGUUUGUUUGUUUUCAGGGGAGAGCAUUUUCUGUGCAAUCUCUCCGUGCCCUUACUUGAGAGUAAGCCCUACUGGGGGCUUACUUCCAAGCAAACGCCCAUCGGCUCGGACUGUAGUGUGUGUUUUUUUCCUUUUUAAAAAUGAAGAUCUAGUUUUACCCCACGGGGAUAUUUGUCAAAUGCGAAGUAAAUAAGAACGACUGGAGACCCUGGAGAAGGCGCGUCCUUCCCCCUCCGCGUUUAUCCCCCCCUUCCCUUCGCGAUCCACGAGGCCCUUACGCCGGAGAGGGGCUGCAGAUCUCCCCGUCCCCUCCCCGCAAACCCCCACGGACGGGGCUACCCCGCGGGCACCUAGUGGCUAGCGGCCGGCAGCCGGGAAGGCUCCAACAGACACUUGCUAUGGAGAGCGCUUUCCAAGGAGACCUCCUGGAAGCUUGCUCAACAAUGAACCGGGACCUCCGACUCCCAGCCUCUCCCAGUGCAUUUUAAAAAAAUAUUACUUCCAUUAACAACAAGUGCAAAGCCCUGUUUUGAUGGGCGAAAAGCAGAGAUGGGUUUUCGGAACUUUGUUCGCGCGUAUUGACAGCUGGUUUCGUGACCCCAUUUUUACGCAGAUCGUUGCUCAGAUAAAACAGAGGAGAAUUUUUUUUGGGGGGGUGUUGAUAAUUGCGGGGGGGGGGCGUAAAGUCCCAAGUCUUAAUUGGCUGGGCGUAAAGUCCCAAUAAGGUUCUGCACUGCAUUUUCGGGGGGGGGGGGGAAUCUGGUUUGUGUUUUGCUUUGUGUUUUGAGCUUGGGAUGUGCGUUUCUUUAACUUUUUUCUAAAGUGUGUCAUUUUUGACGGACCUUGUUUGUUUGCUCCUCUUUCUCCCUCCUUCUCCCCCUCUUCCCUCCCCUCCUUCUGCUCUCUGCCCCCCCAACCCAACUACACCCUUCCCUCCCCCCCAACAGAGACACCAUGACGCCUGGUAACCGACUCCUGAUGGUCAUUUUAUUGUGCCGAGUGCUGCUAGGAGGUACUAACCGUGCCAGCUUGAUACCUGCCGAGACUGGGAAGAAGAAAGUUGUCGGGGACUAUCUCCAGCAGCAGCAGCAGCGAGCCGGGGAGGCCGGAGACGGAGAAGGCGCCUCGGGGACUUCGCGUCGCCCGUUCCCGAGCCAUGAACUCUUGCGCGGGUUCGAGGCUACCCUACUCCAGAUGUUCGGGCUCCGGCGGCGGCCGCAGCCCAGCAAGGCGGCGCUCGUCCCUUCAUACAUGCUGGAUCUCUAUCGCCUCCAGUCCGGGGAAGAGGAGGAAAAGCUGCAGGAUCUCAGCCUCCAGUACCCGGAAAAGUCCACCAGCCGCGCCAACACCGUGAGGAGCUUCCACCACGAAGGUAUGCAAACUGGAAAGGGGCGCACGGAGCGCUUCUGAGUAGAUCUCCGACUAUUAUGAUGGUGGUGGUGGGAUUUCAGAAUUUGAUUUUUUUUUUUUGCGGGGAGGUGGGGAGGAACGAAAUCUGAUGCACCCCUCCUAGUGUCCGGUUGGGGCUUUCUUGCGAGUAAAUGCUCCUGAAAGGAUCAGGCGGCCCGAGGCCGGACCCGGGCUAAAAGCACCGCUUGCAAGAUUCCAGGGUUGGACUGGGUGGGUUAGGUGUCCCCUGGUUUUUUUUGGGGGGGGUGGAAGGGGUAGUUCGUUUUCUCCUCCUCCUUCACCCCUGCUCCGCAUCGGGCUGUGGAUGCGAUGGAUUUGGAUUGAAACCGGUUCCGAGUGUGAUACUCCGGCGUGACUCUGGCUCCCCCUCUAUGGAGAGGCGUGAUGAGCGCGGGUGCCGUCCUUCUCCUCCCUUGCCCAGGAAGCAGCUAAGGAGGACGGACAGCGGGGGGUUUGUGCGGGCAUUUCUGCGCUCACACACGGAAACCGGGAUCUGGAGAAACGUUUAUACGAGAAAGACGAUCUCAUUAUGUUUUAGGGGAAGGGUUUGACCUCUCGCGAAGUGGGCUCGCUUGGUUUAAGAGCAGGAUACAGUACGUCGCUUGGGAGGAGAGAAGUCUGCAGACUACUUUUGCACGAUUGAGACCGCUAUUGCCAACUAAAAUUAUUUGAUAUUAUUAAAUCACCUUUGUCCGGUUGAACGUCGGCCUGCGUGCGCACGGACUGAAAGGCGUUCUCUCUCUGAAUCGCCCAUCAGCAGCUGCUCCAGAUUUCACUCCGGUUCUGUUACUCCCACCCCCAUCUCGCUCCUCCUCUCUUCCCGGACCAAACUUAGAAGUUUAUGGAGAAAUAUCAAAGCGCUCGUCCCCGCCUUUAAACAAAAAAAACCAACCAAAAAACUCCCGCUUGUUCCUUUUGGGAAACGGAGGGAGGGAAGAGAGGGAGAUGGCUUUUUUUUAAUGACCAACGUAAAACUGCGUCUGUUUGGGGGGGGGGGAGUGUGUGUGUGUGUGUGUGAGAGAGAGAGAGAGAGAGAGAGAGAGAUGCAACUGCAAGUGGAUCCAAAUGUUUCCUAGCCAGUUUGCUUCUUUCUACUGGAGCCGGGAGUCUGUACUGGUUGCAACCCCUGUUAUUAGAAAGGAGGGGUUUUUUGGGGGGGGGCUUCGCGCACCAAGAGAGCAUCUCCUUUUCCCCUAACAAUAAAUUUAAAGAGGAAACGUAGCUUUAAAACACUUCUGCCCACUUUUUCCUCUGCAAUAUUAGUAAGAACUAUUAUUAUUAUUAUUAAAUUACAACUCGCAAGCCGUAUUUGGUAAAUGGGCAUCUAUUGCAAGGCACAACCUGUUUCCUCAAGAGUAGCUCCUUUUGGAUCAAAGUCGUCUGCUAACGAUAGAGCUGGAGAAGAAGUGUGCUCUGGGCGUGCGUGGCCGUGAAGAAUGGAUCACACGAGCACGUGCAAGAACUUAUAGGGGAAGGACAGGCUACAAUGCACUCUGCUUAUGUGCAGAGGUGACGGAGGGGGGGAUGUGGAAAUAACAGAACAACGACUUGAUUCGAAUUUGGCGGAUAGCGCAAGAAGCCACCCGACCCCGCAAUACACGGACUAGUGGGAAUCCAGCGAGGCUGAAUUUCACAGUUACUAAACCUACACUUAAAUGGAGAGCGUCCGAUGUAUUUUUUAAAAGAGAGGCGGGGGGGGGGGAGAGGGAGAGGCGCAUGGGUUUAACUCUUCCUGGGACAAUGGGAAGGCCUGUUCUUGAAUCCUAAAGGCGUGCUUGCAUCCUCCUCGCGGGCAGGGUCCUUUGUGCUGUUGGCUCGAUGGCCAGCGCCGUGCACAUGUAAGGUGGGGCAAAAAAAUUUAAAAAGUAACAACGAUAGGGCGUGCUCGGAGGGCUGGGACUCACAAAUGGUGCCUGAGCAAACAGCUCACUAGGCUUCUACAAUGGGGCAGAGAACAGAGUGGGGAGAGGGCGCCAGAGUGUGUGGGGCGGAGGAUCGAACCUCUACCAGCAAGAUGAUCUGAGUUCAAAGCAAAGACUCUCCUAAACUGAGAGCAGUUACCUACGCCCUUUCUUAUGCAGGAUGUUGGCUGUAUUGUACUAUGAAGGGAAUCCUAAGGAUUUAAGCUGGGCGGGGGGAAUGUUGCACCCUCAUAAGUGGGCCAGGAACCGCAGCCUUGCAGCCCGAUCACCCGCUGGCCUGGCUUCAUUUCUUAGCAAAGCGCGUUUAGGAUCGCAGCAAUGCUAUCCCCAACUAUGCCUUGUUGCCCGCAGCGCAACUUUUGCGCAAGGCGUCCAAGGAUGGGGCUCGUCCUCUAGUCCUCGCGCGCUUCUAUUAGGCAGCAGACACCUCCUGGCAAUCAAAAGAGCCUUUCCCCCCGAGUAAACUGGGCCGGCCAGGGGGUGGCGAUAACCCAAAAGGCAGGUGAAAUGGACAAAAGUGGGGGGUGGUGAGGUUUUACUUUUGGAGGAGAUGGAUAGGGGUAUUAUUCCUCUCCAGCCCGGUGCUUUAGCAGGUGGAUCGCGCCCUUCCCGUGACGCUGACCCAGCCAGCCACCCAACCCACGGCCAUCGCACGCUCGGUUUUGUCCGGGCUUGCCCAAACCGCGCCGUCUGUUCUGCGCGUCUGUUGCUGUCUCUCCUUCCUCCUGCCACCACCAACCGUCCUGUCUCUUGCUUUCUCCUCCCGGUCCCCUUCCCCUCUCCAGAGCACCUCGAGCAAGUCCCGGGGCCCGCCAACCAGCCGGCCCGCCUGCGCUACUUCUUCAACCUGAGCAGCGUGCCGUCGGGCGAGGCCAUCUCCUCGGCGGAGCUGCGGCUCUUCCGACAGCAGAUCGUCGGCGAGGACGGGGCGUCCUCCUGGGAGAGGGGCUUCCACCGGAUCAACAUUUACGAGGUGAUGAAGCCCCUCCGCCGAGGGGAGGACCUGGCCACCCGCCUGUUGGACACCCGCCUGGUGCACCACAACGUGAGCCGCUGGGAGAGCUUCGACGUGAGCCCUGCCGUUAUCCGAUGGACCGCAGGCGGCCAGCCCAACCACGGGCUGGCCGUGGAGGUUUUGCCCCUCCACCCCGCGCUACAGACUCACCAGGGCAGCCAUGUCCGGAUUAGCCGCUCUUUACCUCAAGGGGGCCGCCUGGGGGCCGGAGACUGGGCCCGCCUCCGGCCCCUGCUGGUCACUUUCAGCCACGACGGCCGGGGCCAGUCGCUGCUGACGCGCCGGGCCAAGCGCAGCCCCAAGCACGCGCACCAGCGCGCGCGCAAGAACAAGAAGAACUGCCGCCGCCACGCGCUCUAUGUGGAUUUCAGCGACGUGGGCUGGAACGACUGGAUCGUGGCCCCGCCGGGCUACCAGGCUUUCUACUGCCACGGGGACUGCCCUUUCCCUUUGGCUGACCACCUCAACUCUACCAACCACGCCAUCGUGCAGACGCUGGUCAACUCGGUCAACGGCAGCAUCCCCAAAGCCUGCUGCGUCCCCACCGAGCUCAGCGCCAUCUCUAUGCUCUACCUGGACGAGUACGACAAGGUGGUCCUCAAGAAUUACCAGGAGAUGGUGGUCGAAGGGUGUGGGUGUCGUUAAACGCGAGAAACAGAGAGAGAGAGAAUUUUUUUUCUUUUAAAAAAAAGUGAUAAAUCAACUUCUUCCCUGUCCGGUUCUCUCCCUCCGGUCCCUUGUCCUCACCAUCCAGCCCGCCCCGUCCAAAAUUUCCCAGGGAUGGAAGUGGCGGGGAAGAGGAGCUGCUUCUCCUUGUCCUCCUCCCAGGUUCCAGAAUGGGUUGGCCUUCUGUGCUUUUUUUUUUUCGAAAAAAGAAAAGGAACAUCAAGUUAUGCCAUAAAUUCUCUUUCUCACCUAUGCCGCUCACCCAGCGGCGCGUGCGCGCCAGCAAAAAAAAAAAAAAAAAAUUAAUGGAAAAAAAAUCCCUUAAUCCGUUCACCUUGACCUUAUUUAUGACUUUACGUGCAAAUGUUUUGACAAUAAUGAUCAUAUAUUUUGACAAAAUAUAUUUAUAACGACAUAUUAAAAGAUAAAAAAUAAAGCGAGUCAUUAUUUUAAAGGU